AUGGAUAGAACGAAAGCGAGGAAGCCGAAUUGGACGGACAUCGAAAUGGAUGUGCUCAUGGAGGCAUAUUGUAACUCCAUAAGGAUUAUUCGAGGUAAAUUCUCUCCAUCUAUUACCUCUGAUGCUAAGAAAAGAGCAUGGGAAGAGAUAACAGAGAGAGUGAAUGCUGUAGCAGUAUCAUGCAACAGAACAUUGGAUGAAACCAAAAAGAAAAUACAGGAUAGUCUGUCCAGUGUGAAAAAGAAGGAGGCUUUCCGAAAGAGAGAAGCAUCAAGAACAGGUGGAGGACCCUGUUCAGAAGUGAUUUUUAAGCCAUGGGAGGUGACUCUUCUUGGAACAAUUCCACAAGAGAUUAUACAUGGCUUAGAAGGGGCAGCAGAUACUAGAUCAGAUGAAGAUCAAUGUCAACCAAAGAAGACAAACUUUGAUUUGAAUUGUCCCGGAGCAACAGGAGAUUGCAGUGCGACAUCUAAGAAUGUUUCAGAAUGUGUGGUUGACAUACAUGUAACUUCUGAAGAGCCUUCAACUCCAUGUACAGCCUUGCCAUCACAAGCAUGCAAGAGAAAGAAGAGUAUGGAAUCAGUAGGAAAGAAGAAGACUGAAGACUAUGAAAAUGGCAUUAAAGAACUUGUUGAUUUGAAAAAGAAAAGAUUAGAACUUGAGGAAAGGAAGGCUCAAGCACUGGAGAGAGCUGUAGCAAUAUUGGAGGGAUGGCAGAAUUUAGAAUCAGGAUUGUCAGUUCCUUCAGUUAUUCAUUUUUAGCUCACCUGAGCCGAAGGCCCAAGUCAGCUUUUCUGAUCAAAA